CUCUCCCUCCUUCCUCCUCCUUUCUCCUCCUUCCCUUGAAGAGGCAAAUCCUUUCCAGCUGCAGCUCGUCCCCCAAACCCGGGCAUCACACUGCCAACCUCAUGGAGACAGAUUUGUCUGCAGCCAGGAGGAGGUCUGGGAAAGACCCUAACCAGCAGGGAAGCAGAGCCCCACUUAGACCCCCGGUCUGCCCCCAGGAUGCCGGGGAGCCCAGAGGCUCGGCCCCCGAACCAAAUGGGGGAUGGGAGAAGUGGCCCCAAGGUCCUUCGGUGCUGGAGUCUAAAGUUCGAGCCCUGAAGGAGAAGAGGAUGGCUGGAGGACCGGGGGCUCCUGGAACGGCCCCCCAGGAGUGGCCCACCACAAAGAACCCCAAGGCCAGGCAAGGAAGGGCAGGCACAGUGCUGCCAGCGGGGGAGGAUGUGGGCACGGCCCCCCAAGCUCAGGUCCGCUCCUACCUGACGGAGGCGCUCCUACUGCUGGGCAACAGCGAGGAAGCGGAGUCUCAGCCUGUCAGUGGAGGGGUGGGCCCAGAAUCCCCUGCUCAUGCUCAUAGAGGAAAUGAUGCUUCCAAGGGAGCCAGAGCAGGAUGGGGAAGCUGCCCUGGGAGAAGCAGGAGCCCCCUCGACCCGGAUUGGAGACAGCUGCAGGGGACCGACUGCUUCCCGCAGGGUAUGCCCCAGGGAGCCUCCCCGAGAAGUCCAGCAAGGCCUGAUGCUUGUGGGGAGCUGGGUCCAAUAGCCCAUAAACCAUCCCCGGGAAACAACAAACCAGAUCCCCAUGGAGAAGGUCUGGUCCCAGCACCUGAGGCCCCACCCCCAGGCCCAGCCCUGGAAGGACAGCUGUGGCAGAUUGGAAGCUGGAAUAGCUGGGCAGGCUCCACCUGUGCCCUGUCACUGGCAGACCGGGUGGAAAGGAAUCGAGUUGUGCUGCAAGAGACGCUGAGCUUGGCAGGGAAGCGCCACCUCCGGCGGCACCAAGAAGUGGGGGCACCGACCCAGGCGCAGGGAGGAAAAUCACCAGAGCUGCUAAUGAGCGACUUGGACUGGGAUUCAGGCAUCUCCCUGCAGGACUCUGACGGCUGCAAGGCCUGUGUUCCCAGCCAGGACCUAGUGCUGAGCCCCCAGCAGGAGCAGGCCAAGCAGCUGCUGCAGCGUGGACGCAUGAAGGCUAGGACGGGCCCACUCCGAGCUAGCCACGACAUCCUCCCCACCGGCGUUCCCCACCGACGGUUUGCUGGUGGGGAUCCGGCCCUGGAGCCCAGGAUGACCUCUGCCCCGAGAGAUGGGGAUGGUUCCCACAGUGGAAACCUGAGCGACUCCUCCAGUGGGGAGUCCGGCUGCGGGCAGCCGUGGAAGCGAGGGCUGUCCCCAUCCCGGGUCCGUUUCGAGGAUGAGUCCACCCGCGAUGCAGAGGUGCGCUACCUGGACAGGAUGCAGCAGCGGCAGCAGAGGAUGAUGGACUUGAUGGCCCGCUCCUGGACCCGGGGUCCCCUGGGCUCCAAGCCCGACCUUUCCGACUACAUCAAUGGCAACCUCAGCUGGAGGGAGGGCAGGGCAGGCGGGCCCGGUGGGAGGCCUCCUGGGAGAGGGCGUGCCGGCGGGCCCGGCAGGAGGGACCCCACGGGGCAGCCCCCGGGUUCGUGUGUCGAGAAGUGUGGUGCCUGUGGCUCCUACCUCCAGCAGAGCUCUGGGGGAGACAGCGCUCAGGAGGGCGGAGCCUCUGGAGGUCUGGACAGGGGCUCCCAGAGGGCUCUCAAGGCCUCCAAGGGUCAGGGCUCCCCAGGCUGGGUCCCCCCAUCCCAACGGCAGCUCCAGGAGGAGCGAGUCCAAGAGACCUAUGUCGGGCAGGUCACUGAACCAGAGGAGGCAGACUCUGCCCUGGACAGCACCGAUACCUCCGAUGGUGGCCGGACAGACAGCGAAGAGGCCGGGGUCUCCUGCCCCAGGCAUCUCAGAAGCCACAGUUCCUGCUCAAGGGCCCCACGGGCCGGGGAGACAGAGCCCCGAGGCCGGGAUGCGGAACUGGGGAAGCCGGACAUCACCCGAUCCCAGGGCAGCCCACCUUGGGCCCCUCGGGUGCCAGCAGGGGACGGGAUGACUGACAGAAGUCGAAAGUUCCAGGUUCCAAGGGUGGGUGCCAUCCCCGAGCCUCCAGCCACCAUGAACAGUCUGCCGGCUGGAGCCACCUGGAGUGGAGGCUUGGCUCACUGUGAGGGCAUGGCCUCACUCCAGCCCAUGCCUCCAGGGUCAUCGGAGAGAGCCAAAGGUUUGGGACAGGAACCUCCAGAAAGCAUCCCAAUUGCCCCUGGGCCUCCUGGCGGCCAAGGUAGCAGGGCUGUCCACCCUACCCAGAAACCAGCCCCGUCCUCUCUGGGGGCUCAAGGGCCUGCCCCACCAAAGCCCUGCAGGAGAGCUGUGCUGGUCAGGGGCCCUGAAUGCGAUAGCCUCAGGCCUGAGCUCCCAAGGGACCCAGCGAUGGCCCGGCCAACCCUCCCAUCUUCUCUGAAUGGCAGCGCCGGAGGAGAGCCAACAGCCCCGGAGACCCAUCCCAGUCCCCGGGUCAGGACUCGACUGCGAGUGCUAUCCACCAACAACUGCAACAAUGUCAGGCCCCGGGAGCAACCAGACAGCAGGAAGACAUUGGCAGGGUGGAGCCCCUGGGAGAGGAGCCCAGGCAGCCAGGAGCCGGGGCCACCCAGUGAACCUGGCAAAGAGGGUGAACUCCCAGGACCGCUCCUCUCUGGUGCCACCAGCAGCCUCAACUCCACAGGCAUCACUGUCUCCCUGGCAACAGUGGCACCUCUGAGCAACCACAUACCCGGGCCAGAGCCAGAGCGGGACCUGCAGGGGAAAAAGCUGCCAUUUGAUGAGAGCAUGUCACCCCGGGAGUCACAAGGAGCCGAUCCAGAGCCCAGCGUGCCUGCGGCCGUGCCAGCAAGAGAAAACAGGAGAGGGAGUGGCGUCUCUCCUGCUCUGGGCCUGAAGAAGUUCUUCUCCGCUCUGGGUCAGAGCACACGGCAGAAAUUGGGCCGCUUCCGCAGCUACAGCCUGGAGCGGAUCCCUCCUCAGGCCCCUGACCCAGACGCCGGCGCUCAGGCAGGAGGAGCCUGGGGUUCCAGAGUGAAGAAAGCCCCUUCCCUGCAGUCCCUGCGGAUGGUGUCGCCCUUUCACCAGCCACGGAAAGGCGCCUCCACUCCCAGUCUGCAGGGUCUCCUGGGCAAGGCGGAUCGGUCCAGCCUCUACCUCGUGGGCGACCAAAAGGGGCGACCCGGUGCUGCGGGCAGGCGCUCCCUCAGUGUGGAAGACAUCAGCGCCCCCAACUUGGUCCGCACGGUGGGCCGCGUGCUGGAAGUCUUCCCAGACGGGACAAGCCAGCUCCAGCUGCAGCGUCCCCCACAGGGCACGUUCGGCUUCUGGGUGUCCUCUGGGAAUGGCCGGCCUGACACAGGCUUCUACAUCCAGGAGAUGGUUGAUUCCCACACAGCCAAACUGUACGCCGGCCUGCUGGGAGUCGGCGAUGAGAUCCUGGAGGUCAAUGGGACCAAGGUUACGGGGCUAGGCCUGGCCCACAUCAACGAGCUCCUGACCCAGGCUGACAGCCUGUCCAUCCGUGUACUGAGGCAGAGGCAGACCCAGCGGUAGACCGACGACCGGAUCCGACCAGACCCUCCCUUCCCUCCCCUCCCCACGAUGGCCUGAUCCUCCAGGAGUUUGAGCUGAGGAGGAGGAAGAAGAAUGCUAUUAUUGCUGCCCAGCCAGUCUGACUUUCCAGAUGCUUAAACAUGUGGACUGCGGGGGAGCCCAAAUCCGUGAGCCGUGGCGGAGUCUCUUUGAUGGACCGACCACCCUGGGGGUUUUGUCUGUGCUGUUAAUAGUGUUAGUUUGUAGUAAUUUAUGCAUGAUGGGGAAAGGCAGUGUGGUUUGCCGCCCAUGGCCAAGAACCGCCUGACUCCUGUGGAGGCGUGCACAGUUCAGGCUGGGCGCUGGGGCAGGGAGAGAUCAUCAUCAUCAUCAAUCGUAUUUAUUGAGCGCUUACUGUGUGCAGAGCACUGUACUAA